CAUCCCACCAAUGCUGCGUUUCUUUGCUACACACGACGAAAAGAUUUCCACAUCUUCGUCACUCGGGGUCUCCCCGAGUACAUUCGCAAAUGAGAAAUUCGGAGGAAUCUCGAACACUGAACCCGCCUUCUUUCCCCUUUUUGGGGAAGGAAGGCCGGUACUGCCCGCAAGGGCCUGGUGUGACUCAACACCUGUAUCCGGCAUCAGAAACAUCGGGGCUCCUUUUCCUUCGGGGAAGAAGCCCCCUGGGAGAGUCGGUGCAGAGAUUGUGUGUGCGGAGUCGUAUAUCGAUUCAGCGCAUGACACUUUAGUGCAAUACGCGGCAUGCUGUUUCUUUCCCUUUUCGUCUUCCUUAUGGAAGGUGGGGGGGGGAAGAAUGGUAUCAUUCGAUUCCGAUUAUUCUGGUGGGAUGGCGCUUCAUCUCUUUUUUUCUUAGGUCGGUUUUUUCUCCCUUUUAUCUACUCGUUUGUUGUAUGAGUCUGCCUGUCUUUGGGUGGGUUUGUGCCGUUGAGGUUUAUGAGACUGGAAAGAACUUGGUGAUUCUCGCUAAUGUGUGGGAAUCUUACCUCUCAACACGAUGUGUUGGGUUGGUUUUAGGUUGUUGUUGUUGUUGUUUAUGGCACGGGCUUUUUGAUAUCGGUUGUGGGUGGUUAUUUAGAUACACAUAGACUUAUUAAGGUCAAUGGAAGAUAU